CCAGCCAUGCGGAUCCUGCCUCUCCUCUGUGCUCUACUCCUGAUGCUCCAGGAAGCAGCAGGGCUGUCUCUUCCUCCAGGAUUGCCCCAGGACUGUGUGCGCCGUGGGGGCUUCUGCUCUCAGGGGUCAUGCCCGCUGGGGAUCAGUCGCGUUGGCAUCUGCUCUGAGCAAGACUUGUGCUGUCGGAGCCGAUGGUAUCCCUGA